AUGUUUCAUUCAUUAGUUUUUUCCUAAAGUCUUAUCAAAUUGUUCGUUGGAUCUCCCUAAGAUUAUAACAUAGAUCCUUCUAAGGGCGAUUUAUUCAUUGGAUUUCCCCAUAUACUAGCUUGGAUUAAAAAUCACUAUUCCUGUAACACUUUAAUAGGCAUGCCUUUAGAAAAUAGUGGAAGUAAAGGCACUGUGGGCUCCCAUUGGGAAAAAACUGCAAUUUAAAACGAUAUAAUGACUGGUGUAGCCUAAAUAGGUGAUACAGUAUGGAGUGGUCUAAAUAAUGCACUUUUAUAAGAUUCUGGUUGGUAUGAGAUUAAUAAUACCUCCUUAUUCGAUAAUACUGAGUGGGGUAAGAACAAAGGAUGCAGUUUUAUAUAAGAAUAUUGCCGAAGUGUAAAUAAUUUUCCUGAAUUUUGUACUUAAGAAGAAUAAGAAGGUAUUGAUUUUACAUAUAGUGGACUAGGUUAGUGUACAAACCGUGAUAACUUAAUGAAUAAUUGCAAAUAUAUAUUACUUUAUUCAAAUACAGAAUGUAUGAAUAGUUAAAAUACUAAAUAUUACGAGUCUUUUGUUUAAUAAGCAAAUUGUGUUUUAGGUCCUUAAAGCAAGGCUUUUUAAAGUAGUAUAGUUCCUUUUACUGCCUAGUCUAUAAUUAGUUAAGUUUUAUGCUAUUAAUAUAGUUGUAAUAAUAAUAAUUCCUAAAUAAAUAUAUAAUUCGGGAAUUAAACACUCUAGUGUUCAUAAAAUAAUUAAAUUGUUAAUGCACCUAAAGGCUUUAAAGGAGUAUUGCAAUGCCCUUAAAACAUUCUAUAGUUUUGCUAAAAUAAAAGAUGGUGUAAAAACUUCUGUUAUUCUAACGGAUAUUGCAUAAAUGGAGUAUGCAAAUGCAUUUAAGGGGCUUAAGGGGAGUUUUGUUAAUGUGAUAGAGGUACUUUUUACUCAGAAGAGAAAGGUUGUUCGAAAUGUAAUACAUAAAAUUGCUAGUAUUGCGAUUCUAGAGAUGAGUGUUUGUAAUGUCAUGAUGGUUAUGGAUUAAAUAACAAAUAAUGUGUAAAAUGUAAUGAUAGUAAAUGUCUUGUUUGUAAAGAAUAUGAUAAUUGUACGAAGUGUAUGGAAGAUACUAGUUUAAAAAAUGGAGUUUGUUUUGGAAAAAUGUUAUAAAUAAUGAGUUUUGUUAGUUUUAUAUUGUUUAUUUAAGUCUUUAUAUGAUUUUUUGGAAUUA